GGCUUGCCCGCCACAAUGGCAGCUGCCACAGUCGCGCCACGGAGCAUGAGGCUUGGCAAGUUUAACGCACAGAAAAACUUAUACUACCGAAGCUGAAGAGACACCCAUUUGGUCAAGCACCCCGACGUCUAUCAGCGGAGCGUGCAAGUCAGAGUCGUUGUUGGUGGCGCCAUCACAACCAAAGUUAACGCUUUCAAUCAUCUCACGUGCCAUCGACCUAGAUCUCGGAACAAGAUCCAGUCUGGGGGCUUGAGAGCCAUCCGCCUCACCCUGAGUGGCAUUUCCGAUGACAGAAACCACGGACGCAAGCAAGAGCUUGCCAGAGCGCUUGAAGGAGACUGUCGAGAAUGUAGUUGCAGAAAAGAAAGCGAAGAAGGAAAAGGCACCAAAGCAGCCCAAACCACCUAAAGAACCAAAACCACCUGCCGCAAAAGCCGCCAAACCCGCCAAAGCUGCGAAUGCGGCACCUUCAGCACCGGCAGACCCAGAUGCUAUGUUCAAGGAAGGAUGGUUAGCAGCUGUGAGGAAAGAAAGACCUAUGGAUGAGCCAGUCGUCACUCGAUUUCCACCCGAGCCUAACGGUUACCUCCACAUUGGCCACAGCAAAGCCAUCGCCAUCAACUUUGGCUUUGCAAGAUUCCAUGGCGGUAAAUGCAAUCUACGAUUCGAUGACACCAAUCCGGAAGCCGAAGAAGAGGUCUAUUUCACUGCUAUCAAAGACAUCGUGAGAUGGCUAGGCUUUGAUCCGGCAUUGAUUACGCAUUCCAGCGACUUCUUCGACGAACUGUACGAGUUGGCGGAGAAGCUGAUUACUUUGGACGGUGCUUAUAUCUGUCACUGUACGGACGAUGAGCUCAAAGACCAGAGAGGAGGGACAGAUCCAAAGAAGAAGCACGAAAGAUAUGCCUGUCGGCAUAGGGAUCGGCCAACCGAAGAAUCUCUGGCAGAAUUCCGAGCAAUGAGAGAUGGCAAGUACAAGCCAAGAGAAGCAUUUCUACGCAUGAAGCAGGACAUUACCGAUGGCAAUCCGCAAAUGUGGGAUCUUGUUGCAUACCGCAUCCUGGAAAAGCCUCAUCAUCGGACCGGUGACAAGUGGAGAAUCUAUCCCACAUACGACUUCACUCAUUGCUUAUGCGAUAGCUUCGAAGGCAUCACCCACUCCUUGUGUACCACAGAAUUCAUCCUAUCACGUGUGUCAUACGAAUGGCUGAACAACAAGGUCGACGUACCACACAAACCGAUGCAGCGAGAGUACGGACGACUUAACAUAACCGGCACUGUGUUGUCAAAACGAAAGAUCAAGAAAUUGGUGGACGACAAAAUCGUCGGCGGGUGGGAUGAUCCAAGACUGUAUACUCUUGUCGCCUUGCGGAGACGAGGCAUUCCUCCCGGUGCGAUUCUGUCCUUCGUUAGCGAACUUGGAGUCACCACAGCAACAAUCAACAUCCAAAUCGUGCGUUUCGAGCAAUCUGUUCGCAAAUAUCUCGAAAUGACGGUCCCGCGUCUCAUGGUUGUCCUCGAUCCUGUACCUGUCAUCAUCGAGGACCUACCAGACGACUAUCAUGAAGAAAUUGAGAACGCUUUUGGCCCCAAGGACGUGGAUAUGGGAACACACAAGCUGCCAUUCACGAAAAAGGUUUACAUUGAGCGGGAUGAUUUCAGAGAAGUGGACAGCAAGGACUUCUUCAGAAUGGCGCCGGGCAAGCCUGUGGGUCUCUUGAAGGUCCCAUAUCCUGUCAUAGCAACAAGCUUCAAGAAGGACGAGACGACAGGCUUAGUCACAGAGAUCUAUGCGAGAUAUGACAAACCACCGGAGGGCGAGAAGAUCAAGAAGCCAAAAGCAUACAUACACUGGGUGGCCGAUGCACCUGAACACGGUUCUCCGAUCAAAUGUGAAGUUCAUGUCUUCAACCCGCUCUUCAAAUCCGAGAACCCCGAUGCAGUGGAGCCGAGCUUCCUGUCCGAUCUACGCGAGGACAGUCUAAAGGUCUACCCUAAUGCUAUGGCUGAAGUCGGCUUGAAAGAAAUCAUGGAAAGAGCACCAUGGCCGGAGGAGGCAGGUGAGAAGAAGGACAAAUCCGGAUAUGAGUCGGUCAGGUUCCAGGCAAUGAGGAUGGGUUAUUUCUGCGUGGACAAGGACACGGAUGAAACGUCGGGCAAGAUCAUAUUGAAUCGAAUCGUCAGCUUGAAGGAGGAUGCGGGAAAGGCAUGACGGGAAAGCCACAGGGAUGGCUCUGUUGACCUUUGGGGUUGAACGUGAUCCGCGUGAUAUUGUUAGGGUCGUCUGUGACUGUGUAGCGCUCGUACUUAGCGGUCUGUCCUUUUUCUAGGCUGGAAAGACACCCCUGGUCUGACUCGCAGAGUACAAUAGGAAUAUUGUUUCAGGCGUUGUUUGGCACGGGAAAUGACUAAGCGCCUUAUCGAUCAUUAUCGGUGCCACUGGCACUUUCCGACGACUCCCCUCCAACUUCGUGGCUCCAUCAUUUACCGCCUGCAGCAUUGCACACAACACUUCGACUCGUCCGACUUGAUGGAAGCCAGAGUCGAGCGCAAUGUCCAAGCGCACUAUCGGCGGUGGAAGAGUACUAGGAAGCGGUAGAACUCUAGGACCCCCCAUCCCACCGCCGAAGCCAACUUCACCUCUCCCCACUCAUGUACUCUCCCCUUCUACGUCCAGCCUAUCCUUGAA